ACGAGCUGCGCGCUCCUGAUCUCGGACCGAGAGCUCUGACUUCCGCCGGCGGGGGACGCGUCACGCGAUGCAGCAGUGAUCCUCGCACCUGAUCCCGGAGCGGAGUCCCUCUCUCAGAGUCUUCCUCACGAUCUCCAGAUGGAGCUGCUGCUGCUGCUCGUGUCUCUGUCGGCGUUCCGUGUUUCUGCGGAGCAGGAGGUGGAGAAUCUCUCCGGACUUUCACCGAAUCCUGACCGGGAUAUUUUCGUAGUGAGAGAGAACGGAACGACCUGCUUGAUGGCGGAGUUUGCGGUGAAAUUCCUGAUUCCCUACGACGUCCUGGCACUGAACGGGAUCGAUCUGAUCACGGAGCAGACGUCCGUGUCGAUCCCGCGUGGAGCUCAGAUCGCUGGGAAAUGCGGGAGCAGUGAGUCGGAGCUGCAGAUCUCGUGGAUCAAUCACGCUUUCACAUUCCUCAUCUUCUUCUCAAAGGAGAAGCGCACGAUGGGCAGUGAUGGGAAAGCUAAAGAAACUGAAGUGUGGAAGAUAAACAAGGUCCAGCUGGUCUAUGACACUUCAGAGGCGACACACUUCAGUAACGCGUAUAAUCCGGGGAAACACACGGCCAGCACACACCGUCUCUCUGCUCUGGUGACUCCGGCCGGACGCUCGUAUGUUUGCUCGGCUCAGCAGACGCUCACACUGAUCUCCAGCGACCAUCAGAAGGGAAUCACCGUCUCCAUGUACGACAUUCAGAUCCAGCCCUUCGACAUCAAGAGCGACUUCGUCUUCAGUGAACAGUAUAAGUGCAUCACAGACGAGCGUGAGCAGCUGGAGCAGAUGUUGCCGCUGGUGUUGGGUCUCAUCCUGGGUCUCAUCAUCGUCAUCACCAUCUCUGUGUAUCACUUCCAUCUCAAACUGAGCGCCGCGCAGCAGCCGCAGCUUCCUCGAGACCGCUCGCUCUACAAGAACAUGUGAGGACCCCGGAGAACGCCUCCUUUCCUUCUGGCUUCUGUGUCGAAUGUAUGGAAGCCCGUUUCCACCACUGAAGGGGAAAAUAAUGUCAAAAGGUAUUUGCAACUUUUCUCAGAAUUGCAAGCUAUAAACUCAUGAUUUUGAGAAAAGCCAGAAUUGUGAGAUAAACAGUGAUAAUUACCUUUUAUAUCUUUUAUUUCAUUGUUGGAAAACAGAAUUGUUAGAUGAAAAUGUAUAAAUUGAAAAGAAAGAAAAAAAGAAGUCAAUUGACCUAUCGUAAGCCCCGCCCACCUUCGUUACUGUUUCGAACUCUGACAUUAAUUUGUAAAUGAGGCUUUAUAGUUCACAACGCAAGCAGGAGAAGUUUUGUUUCAUCAACACUGAUCUUGUAUCGCAGGGUACAAUUCAUUUACUUUAACCCGUUUAAUAUGAAGAGACGUUCAUUCGUUUGUGUUUUUCCCCUGUACACGAGGACAGUCUGCUCAUUAGGUUAGUGUAGACUCACUAACUGUAACGCUAGCUACUUUCAGCCAGAGAUACCUCGCUGAAGCACAAGAUGACAUGAGCGUUCUGCUUGAGCAGAUGAGAAAUAUAACUUAAUGAGAGUAAGACAAGCAGAAAAUGAACGGUUUGUCUUCAUUGGGAUCGGGAUCGCCCAGUUCUGUUUAUAUCUCAGAAUUUCAAGAAACAAUGUCCGAAUUGCGAGUUCAAAAGUUGAUAUUAUUUUUAUUUUGUGGUGGAAGCAGGUUUCCAUACAGAUGUCUUGUCUAGAUGUGUUCCUCUGCACUCAUCACGCGUGUCCUUUAGCACACACACAGUCUUUCACUGGAAAAUACAGAGAUUUAAAUCGCUUGAAGGAUCUAAAUAAACUACAAAUAUUUAUUGAUGAUUAUUACAUGAUUACUGCUUAUUUUGUGAUUAUUGAAUAUUUUAUGAUUUACCAAAUGAGACAAACUGUGCUGUCUGUCCAUGUUCUGAAGUGUGUGUGUGUGUGUGUGUGUGAAACAGCACAGAAUGACUUGUAUUUUUCUCCAUUUACUCUCUCCUGGAUGUGAGUAGUUUUAGAAGAUCUUAGAGGUUUGAAGGUUUUCUUCUCCAGCUGUAAAAGAGAAGGUGAAGGUUUAGAUCCAUCAGAAUCAAACAUGACACGGAGAUGAAUGGAAAAUCAAUAAGAAGCGUCCGGAGAGCAGUAACAUCCCUGGCAUUAAAGAUUUCCAGAAACGAGCUGCGCUCCUGAGCGAUGGAUGUCUGGAGUUAUAGAUCCUCAUCACUAUAACAUGCUUCUGCUGGCCAGAGAUUUCUGCUCCUUCUCCUGGAUUUCUCUCAUCUUCUGCUGUAUGUGUGGUGUAUUUAUCAGUUUCUGCACAUGAUUCUCACGCUGCGGCUCAAAUCUCAUUCCAGCAUGUUCAUAAUCAAAUGUGGUGCGUUAAUAAACGUUCAUUUAUUUGUCAAA